UGUAAAAAAUGGCCGAAAGGUUUUGUGCUUCCGUAUUGAACAUCCAAAAUGUUUAUUUUACACUAUUAGACUUCUAGUACGAUGAACUUUCGCGAAAAAGAAACAAUGAGCUGAAUAAUAACUUGGUUUGCAUCAAAGCAAUAUGUAAAUGCUACUUUACAUUCUAUGCAACGAUGGCUUCGGGUUUUGUAUGUUUUACUGCCUUAUAUAAUUUCAAGCCACAACAGUAUGGCGAAAUAGAGUUGAAGGUUGGCGAUGUUGUUUGUGUUAAAAUACCUUAUGACAUUGAAAGUUGGGUGGAAGGUGAAAACAAGAGGACAAAACAGCAUGGUUUACUGCCUGGAACGUAUCUUAAAGAACUUCCUGAAUAUCCUGACUCAAUGGUAUGCAAUGGACAUGAAUUCCAAAUGAUAGUUCGUAUAACUCCUGUUUGCUGUGCACUAUGUUCUGAUUAUAUUUGGGGAGAGGAGAAAAGUCUUUAUCUUUGUCUUAAGUGCAACAGAUGUUAUCACUUAAUUUGUGCAAAAGACAGUCCUGAAUGUACGGGAGAGCAAUCCAGUUAUAAUGAUGAAGAUAAUCCAUAUGAUGUAUUAACAAAAAAUGUUGAUGAAUGGUCUAUUAAGGAUGUUUUAGUCUGGAUGGCAGCAACCAAUCUGUUUCAAUAUGCCCACUUGUUUAAAAAAUGUUCAAUCGAUGGAAAGAAAUUACUCGGCUUAAGUCAAGAUAGUCUCAUUAAACUGGGAAUAAAUGAUGAUUUUCAUCAAAACAUGAUUUUGGCUUGCAUUAAAGAACUCACUGGAAAUGCAGAACGUAAAAAAAGAAGGAAAUCUCCUGGAAUGAGAACAGGUGUAAAAGACUCACGUGAUACGCAUUCAUUUGUGUUGCAAACGUUUACAACAAUGACUUGGUGUCAUGAAUGCGGUCAUUUGAUGUUUGGUCUUGUAAGACAAGGAUUACAGUGUACAAAAUGUGAGUUAGUUUGUCAUCGAAAGUGCACGCACUAUAAAGUUUUACGGGUUUGUCCUGGAAAGCCGACAACUGGAAGCACUAAACCGCUCUACAUCCCCCCCCUUCCUCAAGAUAAUGUUGUUCCAGUCCUUCUUAAGAAAUGCAUCGGUGCCGUAGAAAGCAGGGAUUUUAUAGCAAUGGAAAUUUAUAAAACAGAACCUACAGAUAGCUCUUCGAAAUAUGCCUUAAGGAAGGCUUUCUACUCUGAUGAUGACGACGUGGAUAUGAAAGCUGAGGAAUGGAUUGAUCCUCUCUGUCCAUCAGCUGUAUUACUUUCAUAUUUAAAUGAACUACCCAAUUCAAUUAUACCUUCGCAUAUGUACGAUACUUUUAUAAAUAUUGCAGAAAGCUCUAAUACAGUGAAUGAGGCCUUGGAAACUGCGUUCGCGUCGUUACCACCAACAAAUGCUGAGAUUUUGAAAAUAAUCUUAUUACAUUUAAAUAGGGUGGUUUCGGCUUCUGUACCAGAAAAAGAUAUAGGAGAGGUUUUCGGACCAAUUAUUAUUAGACCAGCACAAGAAUAUCUUCCAUUAUUAGCAAGUAAUUUGGAUACUCAUACGAAGGUUGUACAGUUGCUGUUAGCGUUAACAAGAAAGCAAGAAGAUGUCGACGAAGAAGAGGAGGAUGAAGAAAAUGGUGUUUUACCUCCUGUUCCACCCCGUCCUAACCAGACGAAAAAAGUUUUUGGAUCAUUAAGUGAAGAGGCCUGGUACUGGCCAAAGGCCCACGCAAACGAUAAAUUGGCUGGUUGUUGUGACGGCAGCUUUCUUGUUCGCGACAGUAGACGGCAUGACGGCUACACUUUGAUUGUUCGGAAAGACAGAGAAACUAAACAAAUUCGUAUCUAUUAUGAGGAUGGAAAAUAUGGAUUUGCUAGACCACAUGAAUUUGACUCUGUUCCUGAGCUUAUUGAGUAUUAUCGUACACGCUCAUUAAACGAAUACAGCCAAUACCUGGAUGUUAUGUUAAAAUACCCUGUAUGUCGCGAGGAUCUACCUCAGGCUGAUGUUACCAAAGUUAAAGACGCAGCAAAAAAACUUAAAGAUAUUGGUGCAAAAUUCAACGAAAAAUCUUGUCUACAUGAAGAGCUAUCGGACAAAUGUUUUAUGUAUGAGCAGGAAUUGACAGCUAUAGAGGAAGCUAUAGCGGCUCAGCAGGAAUUGAUAAACUUUCUGGAAGAACAAAAAAAUAUUUUUGUCAAUUUUAAGAAUGAGUCUCCCAGUAGCGAACGUGCAAGUUUGGAUUUAAACUACAGUCUUGUCGAAAACAGAUAUACAGAGCAAAAAAGCGGGUUAGAGUCUUUAGAAACAGAAUAUUUGAAUAUAUCUGAAAAGAGACGAACCUGUGAAGCAGAGAUGAACAUGCUAAAGCCUGAUCUUUGGGAACUCCAACAUAAAAAGGAAAAAUACAUGUUAUUCCUGGAAGAAAGGAAUAUGAAACCAGAGGAAAUAGAAAUUCUUGCUGGAAUAACAGAUUUUGCGCUUUAUGAAUUCCCAAUGACGGAUGAGGAAAUGUUGGUAGAUCUUUCUCCUGAGUAUUGGCUAUUUGGGGAAUUGGACAGGGAAACUAUCAAAAAUUACUUAGAAAAUACUCCCGAUGGCACUUUCCUUGUGCGUGAAAGUUCGAGAAAUCGUGGAAUGAAAGCUGUCUCCAUUAUGUUUGACGGACAAAUUAAACAUUUUUGUAUUGAAGAAGGCCCCGAGGGAUUUGGUUUUGCUGAGGGUUUUAAUACCCAUCCGACACUACAGAGCUUAGUCGAAUAUUACCAUCGAGUAUCGUUACAAAUGCAUAACAGUGGCCUUGCGACUACUUUACGUAUGCCAGUACGUUGGGUAAAGAAUAAGAUACCAGCUUGGAGAAGAUUUUAACCAUAACAAAUAAAGAAAUAUUUUAGAGGUGGAAUUCCAUCGAAUUCUUAAGCUAGGUUUGAAUAAUUAUCCAUUCUAAGGUAAAGUUUGGAUUUCAUGCAUCGUAUUGUUUUGUGGAACAGAAUUUUUAGCUUGAUUUACAAUUGUAGUCUAUAUUUAACGUUCUCACACUUGCAUAGUGUUAGCGAUUUAAAUGUUUGUUGCUGUACAUCCAUUGUUCGUACUUUUUGACAAAGCCAAUACACGCAGAAAAUAAAUUAAUAUUCUUUUAAUACGUACAUAAUUCAGUCAUUUUGAUAGUGCAAAAAAAUUCCAAAUGCUACGUGUGUUUGAAAACGCUACUCAUUGGAAUUCCAGCCAUUGUCUCAACGGUGAUAUUUUUUCACAUUUAUAAAUCGACUGCUAAAUGCUGAAGAUGUUAAAAAUUGUCUAUAAAUGGAAAUAUGACAGUCGUAGAGCUAAUAUGUGUAUAGUGUUUAUUUUGAACUAAGGUAGUUUGGUACUUAAAAUGUAGAUCUGUUUGAAGUUGUAGAUAUUUUUAUGACACAGCACCAUUAAUAAUUCUUUCGAUGAAAUAAAUUUUUUUACGACAAUA